AUGGCUCCUUCAUUCUCACUCAUUCCAUUCUUCACUCUUUUGACUUCAUGUCAAGCCCUCACUUAUGAUUAUAUCAUCGUCGGCGGAGGGACAAGCGGUCUCGUGAUCGCAAACCGUCUCUCGGAACUCUCCAAUGUCACUGUCGCAGUCAUCGAAGCCGGAGAUUCUGUGCUCAAUAACCCCAAUGUCACAGAUGUAGGAGGCUACGGUCUUGCGUUCGGGACAGAUAUCGAUUGGGCGUAUCAAAGUACCAAUCAAACAUAUGCUAGAGGAGCGACACAGACGUUGAGGGCAGCAAAAGCGAUUGGGGGAACGAGCACGAUUAAUGGCAUGGCGUAUGCUCGCGCAGAAGAUGUCCAAAUCAAUGCUUGGGAGACGCUUGGCAACAAGGGAUGGGAUUGGGACUCAUUGCUCCCUUACUAUCUCAAAUCCGAGAACUUCGAGAUCCCAGCUGCAUUCCAAAUCACAGAUGGGGUGACUUACGACCCUGCUGACCACGGAGAAUCCGGUCCACUCGAUACUGGAUACCUGUUCAAUAUAGUCAACGGCACGAUAGCGCAAACUUUCAAUGAAACGUACGCUAACGUUGGGAUUCCGUGGAAUGGAGAUAUCAACAGUGGCAAGAUGCACGGCUUCUCGACCGUCCCGAAGACUGUCAAUGUACUUGCGAAUGUCCGAGAAGAUGCUGCGAGAGCUUACUAUUGGCCUAUCGCUAACCGGAGCAAUCUUGUCCUGUUCCCAAACACUUCAGCCACUAAGUUAGUGUGGAAGAACCAGACUGGCGAUGCUACUGCCGCUGGAGUACACGUCACGAGUUCAAAUGGCACGGUUUCCACCAUCUAUGCCAGAAAAGAAGUCAUUCUUUCUGCAGGUGCGCUUCGUUCCUCUUUACUCCUCGAGCUCUCUGGAGUCGGCAACCCGGACAUCCUUACACCCCUCGACAUACCGGUCGUGGUCGAUCUCCCAACGGUGGGUGAGAAUCUCCAGGAUCAGAUGAACAAUGCGUUUACAUUUGGAUCCAACAACACACUCUCGGGUGCCGACAGCUUCGUGACCUAUCCCACUGUUGGCGAUCUCUUCACGAACAGCACUUCAACUUUCGCGACAACCAUUGCGUCGUCCCUCUCGGAGUACGCAGCCGCUGUCUCAAACGCAAGUAAUAAUGUUAUCUCUUCCUCUGAUCUCUUAGAUUUCUUCCAGAUCCAAUACGACCUGGUCUUCAAUACCAGCACUCCAUUACUAGAGCUCUUCACUACAGCGGCCGGCGCUGUCUUCAGUGUCCAGUACUGGAUUCUCUUACCUUUCAGCAGAGGUAAUAUCCACAUCAGCUCCAACGAUCCAACAGACGCAGCAAUAAUCAACCCAAACUACUUUAUGCUGGACUUUGACCUCGACGUCCAAAUCGCUGCCUCGAAAUUUAUUCGCGACACUGUGAUGUCUUCACUUCCUCUCUCUGCGGAGGUCACUGCGGAGUCUUCCCCAGGAACUUCCGUUGUUGCCAAUAACGCAAGUGAUGAUGAAUGGGCAACUUAUAUCAAGAGCUCAUACAGAAGUAACUUCCACCCGGUCGGUGCCACCGCCAUGAUGCCGAGAGAGAAGGGCGGCGUGGUUGACAAUGCUUUGAAAGUCUAUGGUACUGCAAACGUGAGGGUUGUGGAUGCGGGUAUCUUGCCGUUCCAGGUUUGUGGACAUUUGACGAGCACUUUGUACGCGGUGGCAGAGAAGGCUGCGGAUCUGAUUAAGGCUGAUAUGUAG